CUUUUCUUCUUCUUUCUUAGUAAAAAGCCUGCCACCGUGUGGCGGCUGGUUGCCACUGCAUCCAGUACCUUUCCCUGUGACCUGCGCACUGCGCUCCAACCAAACAGGAAGGGAGACAUGGCACUGGUGUUCGGCGGUGUGGAGGGAGGAGGUACAACACUCCAAGCUGUUCUGUUGGCAGGAGAUGGGAAAAUCCUGGCUGAGACGGAGGGACCCUCCACCAACCACUGGCUGGUGGGCGUGGAUAAAUGCGUAGAGGCCAUCAACGACAUGGUCCAGAGGGCCAAGAAGGAGGCGGGCCUUGACCCCGACACACCUCUGUACUCAUUGGGCCUGUCCCUGAGCGGGGCGGAGCAGAAGGAGGGCCAUCGAGACGCUCACCGUGGAGCUGCAGCGCCGCUUCCCGUCCUCAGCCACAAUUACCUCAUCACCACCGACACCUUCGGCGCCAUGGCAACCGCCAGCGACCACGGGGGCAUCGUGUUGAUAUCGGGGACGGGCUCCAACUGUAAGCUGUUAAACCCCGACAGCUCCAGCGCGGGAAGCGGCGGGUGGGGUCACCUGAUGGGGGACGAGGGGUCAGGUUUCUGGAUCUCUCACUUGGGGGUCAAGACGGUGUUCGAUGCCGUGGACAACUAUGCCACGCCCCCCCGUGACAUCACCUUCACCAAGAAGGCCAUGGAGGAGUACUUCAAGGUGUCAGAUCUGAUGGGCAUGCUGCCUCACCUCUACAGAGACUAGAAGUCUCACUUUGCUGGCUUCUGCAGGAGACUGGCUGAAGGUGCGAAGGCAGGGGACGCUCUGUGUCUCCAUAUAUUCCGCGAGGCCGGCAGGGUGUUGGCUAAGCAUGUGCAGGCGGUCCUGCCUACAGCCAAGGAGGCUCUGCUGGGGGCUGAGGGGGGUCUCCCCAUCCUCUGUGUUGGGUCCGUGUGGGGGAGCUGGGAGUUCCUGAAGCCAGGCUUCACUGAGGGCCUCGCCAGUGUGGCGGGCUCCAAACCCUUCGCCGGCCGUUUCCAUGGCUACCGCCUCCUGACCUUGCAGCAGUCGUCUGCGCUGGGCGGGGCGGGCCUUGGGGCCCGCAGCGUGGGCGCCACGGUGACGCUGGACUACGCGGCCAAUGCCAGCGUCUUCUACCAACACACCUUCACGAGCGGCCAAUGAGCAUUGAGCUUCACAAAGCGGGGGUCCAAUCAGGUGGCCUUCUGUUGAUAAUGAAUUCAAAAUAAGAAUGAGGAAGUUUAUUCCCUGUUAAGCAAUCUGAAAACUACAGAUCAUUUCAUUCUAUUUAUCACGAUGAUAUCCGGUCUAAUAUUGUGCGUGUGUGUGUGUGUGUGUGUGUGUGUGUGUGUGUGUGUGUGUGUGUGUGUGUGUGUGUGUGUGUGUGUGUGUGUGUGUGUGUGUGUGUGUGUGUGUGUGUGUGUGUCUGUUUGCAUGAUGUCUGGUGGUCUGUAGCAUAACCCAUUAGGCCAGAGACACUCUGACGAUCAGGUUUACACUCCAAUCAAACUUUGGCUGUAGAUGGCCAGCAGUAUGUUUACAGAUAUUUUGUAAUUAAGGUGCAUUUUUCUUAUUUUCUGUUCUGUAAUUAUCUUGUAAUUUUUGCAAUAAAAGUGUUUUGGCAUCA